AUGUUUCUAGGGAAACGACUCACACCUGAAGACCUGGUUAAAAAGUGGCGGCAAUCUAUUCGAGCUCAGCAACGAGACUUGGACAAAUCUCUUCGAGGCAUUGAAACAGAAGAAGUCAAGGCCAAACGGCUCCUCAAGGACGCAGCAAAGCGAAACGAUGCAGUCUCAUGUAAAACUCUUGCAAAGGAAAUAGUAAGAAGUCGGAAGGCCAAAGAUAGGAUGCAUACUUCCAAAGCACAGCUGAAUUCCUUGAUUAUGAGCAUGCAGCAGCAACUUGCUUUAGUCAAGGUGACUGGUGCGCUGCAAAAGAGUGGAGAGGUGAUGAAGAUUGUCAACUCUCUGGUUAAACUGCCUCAGAUCUCAGCUUCCAUGCAGGAAAUGUCCAUGGAAAUGAUGAAGGCAGGAAUUAUUGAGGAGAUGGUCAGCGAUACACUUGAAAUGGACGAUGAAGGCAUCGAAGAGGAAGCUGAUGAAGAAGUCGACAAAGUUAUUACUGAGAUCACUAGUGGACUAUUGGGUCAAGCCGGGGCUGUUGGAGAGGAUCUGCCAAAAGCCAAACUCAAGCAGAAACAAACGGCAGAAGUGGAAAGCGACAUGGAAUCUCGUUUAUCUGCUCUCAAGGGAGCGUGA